AUGGAAGAAGGGCUCUCCCCCAGGCAGGCUGAGGUAGCUUCCGGAGCCACCAACACAUCCCUGGCUUCUGAAGUGGCACCAGGUGUGUCCAGGAAAAGCUGCCUCAAGGUUCUCUGCUCUGUGCUCACUCUGGCUGUGGCUGCUCAUAUCCUGCUGGUGUUUUAUACAGAGGGGACCGUGUGCAAUUUGAUUGUUGGCCACCUCUUCAAGGGCCUGCGCUUGCCUGAGUCAGAGUGGCACGGAGCCUCUGUCCAGAGACUCUCACACCUGGAGAAGGAUGUGCACCAUCCAAAUAAUAUGUCACUUAAUGAUAAGCUGCACUCUAAGGAAUGUGACCUCAAGUGUCACCAGAAGACAUACCCUGCCCAGCUCCCAUCCCUCAGUGCUGUCCUCAUAUUCAUGAACGAAGCUGUGUCCAUCAUACUUCGGGCCAUCACCAGCAUCAUCAACUGGACACUCCAUCAGCUGUUGAAGGAGAUAAUCUUGGUGGAUGAUUGUAGCUACCAUGGAGAACUAAAGGAACACUUGGAUGAGAAGAUUAAGCUUUGCAACCAGAAUUAUCCAGAUCUAUUGAAAACCAUAUGACACUCAAAGAGAAGAGGUCUCGGUACUGGUCACAAAGCUGCCAUGGCUGAUGUGGUCGCCAUCUCGGAUGCUCAUGUUGAAGUGAAUGUUGGGUGGGCUGAGCCCAUCGUGGCUUGGAUUCAGGAAGACCGCACCAUGUCUCCUGUGUUUAACAAGAUUAACUUUGAUUUCGAACUGGAGGAGUACGAUGUGGCAGUGGACAGGUUUGACUGGGAGCUGUGGUGCCGCUAUGAUGGUCUGCCACAAGCUUGGCUGGAUCUGCAUGAUGCCACUGCUCCAGUGACGAGUUCGUCCAUCAUGGGCAUCAUCACUGCCAACAGGCUCUUCUUGGGAGAGAUCGGGGCUCUAGACGAUGGGAUGCUGGUCUACGGAGGAGAGAACGUGGAACUUAGCCUGAGGGUGUGGCAGUGCGGAGGGAAGAUCGAGGUCUUGCCCUGCUCCCAGGCGGCUCACAUGGCGAGGCAUCACAAGGCCUAUGCCUUGGAUCUCAACAGUUUCUUGAGGCGCAAUGCUUUGUGGGCGGCUGUAAUCUGGAUGGGCGAACACAAGUACAUGGUCUACUUAGCCUGGAACAUUUCUCUCCAGAACUCUGGAAUAGACUAUGGAAACAUUUCUUCCAGAAAGGCACUCUGGGAGAAACUGAAAUGUAAAACCUUUGAUUGGUACCUGAAAAAUGUCUACCCAGAGCUGAAGCCAAACCCGAACAUUGUGGCCUGCGGAAGAAUGAGAAAUUCAUUGAACGAAAACAUUUGCCUGGAGAGAGAAUUAGGUUCCGGCAACAUUCUCAUUAUGGAUCUUUGCCAUGAAUUAAAUUCACAGAAUGUAUACUACCUCUGCACUGGGGAGCUGUUCGUGGGACCACUGGUUGCAGAAGCAGGUGCUGAUGACUUCUACCUGGUGGACUCUGGCAAGGGGGUGAAACCAAGAUUGGAGCCAUGUUCCUCAUCAAUGAAUGGUAGACUACAUAUAUAUUGGGAUUUUCAGCCAGGAGGUGCUGUUAUAAAUAAGGACACCAAACGAUGUCUGGAGAGCAGGAAGGACCACUCAGGGACCUACAAGCCUGUGUUGCAGAUCUGUACCAAGCAAGUGUGGAAAAUACAGCACACGAUUGGAAACCAGGGCCACUAA